UCCGCCGGUUAACGCCUACCUCACUUCUCAGAAGGGCCGAAUCUGUGGUGGUGGUGGCGGUAUGGCCAGGGUUCAGCGGCCGAGCAGAGCUGCCGGGGCGGCAGCAGCAGCGGCAGCGGCAGCGGACACAGCAUCGUGGUACUGCGCGGUGCUGCUUGUGGCCCUCAUACUGCUGGGUAUGUUCAAUCAGGAGCGGCCGAGCUCCGCCGCGGCAGUGCCGGUUCCGCGCCGGAGCUGCGACGAGAUAUACGUUGUUGAAGAAGGGGAGACGCUGCAUACGAUCAGCGACAAGUGCGGCGACCCUUACAUAGUGGAGAGGAACCCCCACAUACACGACCCUGAUGAUGUCUUCCCCGGUCUGGUUAUCAGGCUUUCUCCCUCCACCCAAAGUUGAUUCUCUGUCUCUUCCUUGGGGGUUUUCUUUUCGAGCUUGUUAGGAAAGGUUUCUUGAUUGUGUGUAGCAGAGGAAGAAGACAUAAAAAGGAAAAAGGAAAAAGAAAGAUGAUGGUUGUAAAGAAAUUGAGUCCUUGGUGUCGCUGUUGCUUCUGUAAUACAGUCCUUCCUUGUGAAUAUUACACGGAGGCAGCUUCCUGUUACGAUUUACUUCACCUUUUUUUUCAGAUACAGAGAAUUCGGUUCCUGCUACCAUGAUUUCAACUUCUUCAUUUCUAGAGAGAGAAAGAGGUGUCCUGUUGCCUGUUGGUGGGCAGACAACCAAAGCAGGCUGUCCAUGCUCUGCAAUUAUAAAAAUAUUAACACCACCAAUUUGUGUGUUUUAGGAGUUAAUUUGUUCCGUUUUCUUCCAAAACGAGUCAGUCAUGGCGGGGAUAAAGAUUGGCAGCAGUUCCUGGUCUGCCAUUUACGAAAAUUUGUGCCUUCCGGAAAUCUUUUUGCAAAUUUCGAGGAAGGGCAAGCUGCCAAUUACCGUGUUUCUGCAUCUUCUGAAAGUCUUUCAUUUAAGAAGCAGUUUCAAUUCAUGACCAAGCUUCGCACUCUGCAGUUAUAGCUGUUCUAGAGACAGACAGUGAGAGAGAGAGGACGGUAGGUGACGGGCGAGGAUGAAGGAGAAAUUCUAGGUGCACGUAAAGGUUGUGGUCGGUGUGACCCAAUCCGUGGCGGUUGGUUUGUAAACCUAUGGCGGUUUUAUAUACGUUUAAAUGAAGAAUAAUAUUUUGUUCA